UCUAAAUAAAAUAUUAGUGCUGCCUAACUUCGUUACGUCGUCAUAACAACUUUUCAACGAAAUUUGUGUAUUAUUUUUCUAUUUUAGUUAUUACUUUAUAAAAAAUGUCCGGUGAAGUGGUGGUUGAUGCCCUGCCGUAUUUCGAUCAAGGCUACGAGGCGCCAGGCGUACAAGAAGCCGCCUCCGCGCUCGUCGACGAAGAGAUGCGACGUUACCGGCCGGCGAAGAAUUAUCUGGAAUUCCUGCCGAACGCUCGCUACGACGCCUUCGAAACUGCAAUCAUGAAGAAUGAAUUCGCUCGUCUGCAGAUGGGCCAGCCGAUGGAAAUGCUCAGCAUGAAGCGCUACGAACUUCCCCAGCCGUCCGUCGGUCGUUUGAAUGACGUCACAGCUUGGAAGGAAUGUGUGGAUAACUCCGAGGCUCAGCUCGUCUGUCAUUCCUUAAAAAUCGCGAACUUGGAUUUAAUGAUGCAGUAUGGUACAGAGACAUGGAAGCAUUCCAUCGUGACACUCAUGAAACUCCUUCAAGACAUCGAACACAAACUGCACGGAAUGAAGAAGAAAGUUCAGGACAUCAACUGGCAGAGAAAAAAUGAACAGAUGGAUGUGGGAGCCAAAUUAAAAAUGUAUGAAGAGACGUGGGUUAGCUUGGUAAGUAAAAAUUAUGAAAUUGAACAAGCUUGCCAAGAACUUGAAAAGGAAUUAGCGGAGUUGGAAAGCCAGAAUGUUUAAAAUAAAAAAAUUUGAUGUUUAGAUGUAUAUAUAUAUAUAAUGACAAUUUAUUUAUAUACUGAUAUUAUGUGUAAGAUGUUAAUAAAAAUGUGCUGGCCUUUUAUCAUUAAUGAGUAAAUCAUUCAGCUGAUACAUUUAGUUGCUAACAGUGAAUAUAAAUGACAUGCAUGUGUGAGUGUCUGACAGCAUAUUUCAUAAAAACACUCACUUCAUCGUCACAAAAAAUUGAAUGUUGUCAGCGAUUGAAUGGUUCUCUCGUGAGUGUGUAUAUUUUAAUGAUUCCUCCUCUCAUGUACAAAAUAGCAAUAUCUCGUAAAUUUGUGUUCUCGCCAUUAUUUUUUAUUGCAAUAUUAAUCAUCGUAAUUAUAUUUUAUUAUUUUUGUAAUUCACUGGGACGUGGCAGUUGCAGCUGGAAAUAUGAUGUGCACGUUUUUUAGCACACGUCUUACCUACCUACCCAUUAAUUACUUCAUAGACUUUACCUCUAUCACGAAAAAUUCUUGAGUUGAAAAUUUGGAUUGCGCGCACUCCGAA